UUUCAUAAAACCAUAAACAAAACGCUGUAGUCUUCCAUAUCCUCUGACAAUUGACAUGUCUCUUUCUAUGUGACAAUUGAGUAACGCUGUUCUCCGGUUCAGCGCUGAGCAAUUUUUAAUAGGAAAGUUGUUUAUCUCGACCGGGAAAUCGCAUCAAUAUGGCAGCCGCUGUCGUGUCAGGCAAGGACAUUGAGAAGCCUCAGGCUGAGGUAUCUCCCAUCCAUCGUAUCCGCAUCACGUUAACCUCUCGUAACGUGCGCUCGCUCGAGAAGGUCUGCUCGGACCUUAUCAACGGCGCUAAGAAGCAAAAGCUUCGUGUCAAGGGUCCAGUGCGUAUGCCGACCAAAGUUCUCCGCAUCACAACCCGUAAAACACCUUGCGGUGAAGGUUCCAAGACCUGGGACAGAUUCCAGAUGAGGAUCCACAAGAGGGUCAUUGACCUUCACUCUCCAUCGGAGAUAGUGAAGCAGAUCACCUCCAUCAACAUCGAGCCCGGUGUGGAGGUGGAAGUGACCAUCGCUGAUGCUUAAGCACAACUGCCAAUAAAAUAUAUUUUAUGA